GCGACACGGCUCUUCAUACAGAGUCCGACAGCUACAAAGUCUUCUUUUUCUUGGUUUGUUUUCUUUACCUGCCUCCCUCGAGUCCUUUGCAACAUGCUGAUCACUCUGUUUUGCUCCCUCCUGGUGUCUUCUGUUGUUGGUACAGAGAAAGAAACUGCCCUUCCCAGACUGACUGACACUAAAGCUGCUGAGGCCUUCAUCGACUCUGCUGAUGUGGUGGUCAUUGGAUUUCUGGAGGGAGAGGAGAGUCACGGCUAUAAGGAACUCAUUGCAGCUGCAAAGCGAGUUGACUCAGUCCCUGUAGCCAUCUGCACUGAGAAAGAGGUGUGGGCGGACUACGGCCUCUCCUCAGACACCAUCACCCUUUUCAGAAAGGCAGAUAACCACCAGGAGAACCUUGUUGUCGCAGAGGCCAAGAAGUUAGAAGCAGAUGGUCUUGUGAACUUCAUCACCAUCAACGAGGUCCGAUAUAUCACAGAAUACAACCAAGUGACAGCAGUGGGCUUGUUCAAUUCGGAGGUGAAGACCCACCUCCUGCUCUUUGCCAACAGGGGGAGUAAAGAAUAUACUGAGCUGAAAGAGAAACUGCGAGCUCUGGCCCCCGAGUUCACAGGCAAGUUCUUGUUUGUGCUGGUUAACGGAGCAGUGAAGUCCAACUUCCGAUCGCUGGGCUACUUUGGCCUCAAGUCUAAGGACCUCCCUCGAGUUGGUAUUUAUGAUGGUAACUCUGACAUGAAGUGGCUGCUGCCUGAGGGAGAGAUCUCUACUGAGCGAGUACAAGAGUUCUGCCAGUCCUUCCUACGGGGGGAACUGAAGGAGGUGAAACAGGCAGGAGCAGAGGCCAAAACAGAGCUGUAGGACUCAAAUGUAAAUGAAUGAAUAUGUAUUCAAUAAAAGACUAAACGG